AUGAUGUCUCUGUCUCUGCAGAUGCGCCGUUUCGUCACCUUGAUUCAGAAGGGUCUUUCUGGUCUUUCUCAAUUGCUACUGCAGCUUUUAUAUUCACGCAAGGGCCAAUCACAAGUCUACCUAGGACGUCCUGUCUCGAAGCGAAUUCCAGUCAGCAGGAUUCCGCGCGGCUCUUGGGACAGCCAUAUGCAUGUAGUCGACCCAGUCAAGUACCCGCUCGCCGAAGACGCACUGUACACUCCCACCCCCCAUCUCCUCUCCCAGGCGCUACUCUUCGAGGCCUCAACCGGAAUCCGCAAUAUCGUCUUAGUCCAGCCGUCUAUCUACGGAACCGACAACUCCUGCCUGCUCGACGCCCUUCGAACAAUAGGACCCCGGCACGGCCGCGCCGUAGUAACCUUCGACUGCGCCACAAUCGACCCUUCAACGCUCCAGAAAUGGCACCAGUGGGGGGUUCGAGGGGUCCGCGUCAACACGCAAUCCAGCGGUAGACACAUGGACGAGGACGAGCUGGCGGCGACGGUACGGCGAUACGCGGACAUUAUACGGCCGUACAACUGGGUCCUGCAGCUAUACGUCCCGCUGGCUACAGCCGGCGUCUUGGAGAGGGUUGUACCAGAGCUGGGGGUGAGGGUUUGCUUCGAUCAUUUUGGGGCCCCGGAUCUGGGUGGCUUUGGCGUCUUGCAUCGCGGCGACCCGUACAGCCUUCCGGGGUUUCGCUCGCUCGUUAACAUGCUGCGGCGAGGUAAUGUGUACGUCAAGCUUUCGGCGCCGUAUAGGAUCAGUAGAGAUGGCACGUUGAGGGACUUGGAGCCGGUUGCGAGGGAAUUGUUGAACGUCGCUGGAAUGACCCAGAUGGUGUUCGCUAGUGACUGGCCGCAUACGCGGUUCGAGGGACUGGAUAUCAGGCCCUAUAUGGAGACAUUAUUGACCUGGUGCGGGGGGGACGAAGCUCUGAUUGAGAGAGUGUUCAGAGGUAACGCUGAGAGGUUAUGGGAAUAG